AUGAAUCAAUCAUCAUCCGAUUCAACAAUCAAAGACGGUGAAGAAUAUACAGUUUACAAUGAUGAAAAGAUAGGAAGAGGCGCUUAUUCAGAAGUAUACAAAGGUCGAACAAAAGCCGGAAGAUUGUGUGCAAUCAAAGUAGCACGAAAAAAAUCAGACAUCGAUUCAAUGAUGACUGAAAUCGAAAUUUUGAAAAAUUUGAAAGGCGUGCCAAAUAUUGUGCAAUAUAUUGGAAGUGUUGUUAAGAAAUCGAAUGGAAAUGGUAUAAUCGUAACUUUUGCAAUGGAACUCGCACUUGGAAGUUUGGAAAAUUUGAUGAGACAACCGGAAAAUGCAAAAGGAUUGCGUGAAAAUGAGAUUUGUGAUUUUAUCAUGGAUUGUUGUAAGUUGCUGCGCUUCGCGUUUAGAUGA